AUUAUACCAGGACUCAUGUGCCAGGGUGGUGACUUCACACACCAUAAUGGCACUGGCGGCAGGUCCAUCUACGGGGUUGAGAACUUGAUCCUGAAGCAUGCAUGUCCUGGCAUCCUGUCCAUGGCAAAUGCUGGACUGCACACAAGUGGUUCCCAGUUUUUUAUCUGCACUGCCAAGACCGAGUGGCUGGCUGGCAAGCAUGUGGUCUUUGGGAAGGUGAAAGAAGGCAUGAACAUUGGGGAAGCCAUGGAACGUUUGGGGUCCAGGAAUGGCAAGACCAGCAAGAAGAUGACAAUUUCCAACUGUGGACAACUCUAA